AUGAACAUAUUCACACUGGGGAGAGGCCUUACAGGUGCGAAAACAAAUCAGAGAGUUGCACAUCGACCUCCGUUCAAGUGUGAUGUAUGCAGCAAAUACUUCUCUCAUUCAAGCGAUCUGCUAGUACACAAACGUAUUCACACCGGGGAGAAGCCUUCCGCGUGCACGGUUUGUAAAGCAACGUUCAGGACAUCAUCAAACCUUCGCAAGCAUGAACGUAUUCACAAUGGGGAGAAGCCUUACAAGUGCAAGAUUAGCGAUCAGCAGAAGGACUUUUGGACAAGAAUGAUAGCUUUCAAGUGCUCUGUUUGUAAAGCAACGUUCAGGACAACAUCAAAUCUGCGUAAGCAUGAACAUAUUCACACUGGGGAGAGGCCUUACAGGUGCGAAGUAUGUGGAGCCACCUUAAAGCGGUUAUCAACUCUACAGGUUAUAUUCAAUUGUUCUUCCACGGGCGCAAGAAUGAGAACAAAUCAGAGAGUUGCACAUCGACCUCCGUUCAAGUGUGAUGUAUGCAGCAAAUACUUCUCUCAUUCAAGCGAUCUGCUAGUACACAAAAGUAUUCACACCGGGGAGAAGCCUUCCGCGUGCACGGUUUGUAAAGCAACGUUCAGGACAUCAUCAAACCUUCGCAAGCAUGAACGUAUUCACAAUGGGGAGAAGCCUUACAAGUGCAAGAUUAGCGAUCAGCAGAAGGAAUUUUGGACAAGAGUGAUAGCUUUCAAGUGCUCUGGUCUGUGUGAUCUCGAUUUGAUUAGCGAUCAGCAGAAGGAAUUUUGGACAAGAGUGAUAGCUUUCAAGUGCUCUGGUCUGUGUGAUCUCGAUUUGCAAAGUCUCACAAAUCUGCGUAAGCAUGAACAUAUUCACACUGGGGAGAGGCCCUACAAGUGCAAGGACAACAUCAAAUCUGCGUAA